UGCGUCCAAAUUCCCCUGAUACGCAUUGUCCAAGUAGUCAUAGUUGUUUGGAAGUCAAGGGACAACACAAAUCCUUAGCUGGAAACUCGCCAAGACAGGAAUUGAGUUGCAAUGAGGUAUCCCACUCUACCUAGACGUGGUUCCCACCAGCACCACACCAAUUAGGUAUUCUUUAGUUAAAUAAAUAUCACAGACAACCUUAACCAACAUCCUCUUUAACAAUCUCUCUCCCAGACAAACAUUCACUUUUCAACUUCCUUCUCUUCUUCUCUUCCUGUCUGUUACACCAACCAUCACCCCAACAAAGUUUGAGGCAUCCCACCUCACCCCACGACCAUAUCAAAGGCAACGAAUGCCCACCCAGCCUCCGUUCCUUCAACAGCACUCAGCAUUCAAAUCAUUAGAGAUGACACUCAAAGCAUUACCUGCCUUUGGAUCCAAGCUUCUAAACCCAUGCAGAAAAUUCCUUCGAGUCUUCAAAUUUAGAAUCAGAAAACCAGUCUUUAUAAGAGCUCUUCGAGCUCGUCCUCACCGUACCAAAGCAGAGAAAAGUCCACCAAAGAAUCGAAUAACUGCAUUACUAACAGGCUACCGCUCAAUUAGGAAGUCAAAAGAGAUGGAUAGAGUAAGGGAGCUUUCAAAUGGACAUAGUGGAAGGCGGGAAGGACAGCUCUUUCCAUCACCUAUCACCGCGGCUUAUAUGAAAGCUACAAGGGCUGGCAAAAGGGAAGCUUCAGAUGAUGAAGAUGUGGAAGAUGCAUGCAGGAGUUUUGAGAACUACUUGGUGGAGAUGAUUGCAAAAGAAGGGAAAGUAAGGGACUUGAUGGAUGUGGAGGAGCUUCUCCAUUGCUGGAAGAGUCUAAAGAGUCCUGUUUUCAUUGACUUGGUUUGCAGAUUCUACGGAGAACUAUGCAAGGACUUGUUUUCCACCAAGGAUGAAGAAAGUGAUGGUCCUUAAGGAUUCAGUAAUUAGAACUUUUUCUCUUCUUUUCCCGCUUCUCAUCAGAACCUGUUUAUUUUAUCCUCCCUCUCACUCUGUUUCUUGAGUUAUGUUUUUUUGUGGAAAGAUAAUAUAGUUCCAAAAAUAAUAUCUAUCAGAAA